CACUAACGCUCCACCAUCGCUGAAAUUGAGUCCUUCGCCAUCCUAUAAUGUAUCAUCGGCACCUGUUACUGCUUCUUCUACUGGUGCUUCAGAACCUCCUCCUCAACCUCCAAGACCAAUGAAGAACAGCUUUAUGGAUAUAGACGUUUCCAAAUUUGGACCACCACCUCCCAAACUUUAUCGUGGUCCUGAUGAACAAUUGCCGAUCAAACCACACGCAACAAGAGAAUCACCACCUCCACCAGCAUUACCUGCUAGAAGAAGUGAAACUGCGUCUCCAGCAAGCGGGAAAGUCAAACCUCCAAAACCUCAUAAACCAGAUGCAGUCAAAAAGACACCUCCUCCUAAACCAAUGAGGAAGCCAAGUACUUUAGAAGAAACGAGCCCACCUCCUCCAUAUACUGAGGUCGACGAGAAGCCAAAACCAAAGCCUCCAAUUACUAAGAAACCAACUUUUGAAGCACAACAGGGAGAUGUCCUGAAUGAAUUGAAUAACAUUUUCAGCAGAAUGAAGGUUAAGACAGAAAGUUCCCCACCAGUUAGUGAGCCGGAUGUUGCUCCUAAAUUGGUAAACAAGCCAGCACCACCUAAACCUGCUCAUAAGCCGGCUCCAAAGCCGGCCCCGAAGCCCGCGCCCAAACCAGUUGUUAACGUCCCUAAUCCAGUAGUCAAUGUUCCCAAUCCUGUUCCUAUUGCUAAUGUUCCUCCUGUUGUAAAUACGCCACCGGCGGUGAAUACUCCGCCAGUGGUUCCGCAUUCAAGAGAAUCUAGUGCAUCAGCUACUCCACCUCCUCCUCCCCCUCCAAGAAAUUAUAAUCGUGCCCCGGUUCCAACUCCACCUGCUGUAUCUACAGGACCUCCAGAAUUAGACUUGGAACUCCAUACUGGCUGGUACACCAGCAAUGGCGCAUUAAAAUUACCCAAAUCGUUAGCUGGUAAGAACUAUAAAACUUCCUAUUCCUUUAGUGGUUCACGUUAUACUCGAGAAAUCACCGCACGUCUCGAUGAUUUAUCUACUAUCACGUACAAGUUAGAAUGGGACUCUUCCAGUUCCCUGAAUGUUAAGGUCACUAUCGCCAACUUUAUCCCAAGUCCACUUUUGACUAUCCCUAGCAAGCAGGAGUUGAUUGACAAUCAUAACCGAUUCGGUGAGUAUAUCGCAUCUUGGUGUCAGCAUAACUAUGGCCAGAUGGUGGGUCGUGGAGAAUGUUGGGAUCUUGCCAAGGAAGCAUUGAGCAAAGGGUGUGGUAAUCAUGCCUUUGUUUCCACCGGUUUCACCCAUGGUUUUCCUAUUCUUCAAAUUUCAAACACCGGGAGUGGUGUUGUUUUCAAUUCACCACAGUUGGAUGAAGUUAGACGAGGUGAUAUCAUCCAGUUCAAGUCUUGUAAGUUUUACAAUGUCACUAGUGGUGUAACUAAGACUGUGGGUGCGCCUGAUCAUACCAGUGUCGUAGUGGGUAAUAAUAAUGGUAGAAUACAAGUGCUUGAACAAAAUGUGAAUUCUGUUCGUGUCGUAGUUGAUGGUGAGUAUAUAUUUGCUGACUUGACACAAGGAGAUUUGACUGUGUAUAGACCAAUGCCAGCUGAAUGGGCUCCUUGGUAGUUUGUUAUUUAGGUAUUUUAAAACGUUAGAGUAUUUUAUAUGGUUAUUGUAGAAAAUUUGUCAAUAUUUGAUAAAAUGGGU